AUGGAGCAAACGUACGGCGAAGUGAACCAACUCGGCGGCGUCUUCGUCAACGGGAGGCCGCUGCCCAACGCCAUCCGCCUGCGGAUCGUGGAGCUGGCCCAGCUCGGCAUCCGACCCUGCGACAUCAGCCGGCAGCUGAGGGUGUCUCACGGCUGCGUGAGCAAGAUUUUGGCCCGCUACAACGAGACCGGCUCCAUCCUCCCGGGCGCCAUCGGCGGGAGCAAGCCCCGCGUCACCACCCCCAACGUGGUGAAGCACAUCCGAGACUACAAGCAGGGCGACCCGGGGAUCUUCGCCUGGGAGAUCCGGGACCGCUUGCUGGCCGACGGCGUCUGCGACAAGUACAACGUGCCUUCGGUGAGCUCCAUUAGCCGCAUCCUGAGGAACAAGAUCGGCAGCCUUUCGCAGCCCGGCGCGCCCUACGAGGCGAGCGGCGGCGGCGGCAAGCAACCUGCCCCGCAGCCAGCCCUGCCCUACAACCACAUCUACCAGUACCCUUACCCCAGCGCCGUGUCGGCCUCCGCCGCUAAGAUGGGCGGCCACGCCGGAGGAGCUCCCGUCUCCGCGGCCCACGUCGGCCUCCCGCGCUCUUGGCCCUCGGCGCACUCGGUCAGCAACAUCCUGGGCAUCCGCACCUUCAUGGAGCAAAGCGGUGUUCUAGCUGGGACAGAUGGUUCUGCCUAUCCUCCCAAACUCGAAGACUGGCCAAGUGUGAAUAGAACCACCUUCCCUGCUGCCGGGCAUGGUGUCAAUGCACUUGACAAAUCAGCAGCAGAAGCAGACAUUAAAUACCCCCAGCCCCCUCCUGGGCUCUCAGCGGUGAGUCCUUUCCUGUCCCCUUGUGCAUAUCCCUCCUCAAACCAACCUGCUGUAUAUGGAGGGCCAGGAGGGAGCUACCUAAGUCCAUCUCAUCACCACUGGCAGACCCAAGGUAACCCCUUGGCUCAUCACCACAGUCCUGGAGUAGCAGCUGUUCAUGGUGCAGAACUGGCUUCCACUGUGGCUUUCAAACAUCUCUCCAGAGAAGCCCUGAGUUCUAACAUGUGGUUACAAGGACACAUUCCUUUGCAGGGCAUGUCCAGGGUGCGUAUGGAUUACCUCAUUAGACCAGCAGAAGAUAAACAGGAUUUUGAGGGAAAAGCGGAUGCUUUCUGGAUCAAUGUAUCAUUCCUUAAUGGAGCUGCUCAAAUGUUUUGCUUUGUGAAGGAAAGCACCCCCUUAGAGCUGCUUUGUGAAGCAAGGAAUCUACUUGCUUCUAAUAGCAAAGACAUCCACUGCAUUGCUUACCACCUUACCUAA